CACAUCCAACACAUGAAAACAAACACGAAACUCUAGUGUAACCCCUAAACCGUACAAUUUACACCUUAAUUCACUACAUUCUUGAUAUUGUGACAAGGCGAUUUGGCACCGCCGCAACUGACUAAUUAACUAAUUAUGACCUGUUUUUUUAAUCACGUGGCCAGAUUACUUAAACUCAUCACAAGUGGGGCUAUUUUUGCAAUAACAAACAACAAAUUUGUCACAAUCAUUACACGGACCGGUUUUUAGGUUGGUACUUAAAAAAGCACAAAACCAUGUCGAGACCUUCCGGUUACGACUCACACAGUGAAGGGCCGGGCUUUGUCGGUAUCCGCUUCUGUCAAGAAUGCAACAACAUGUUGUACCCCAAAGAAGACAAAGAGAACAAAAUCCUGUUGUAUGCGUGUCGUAACUGUGAUUAUAAACAACACGCCGACUCGAAAUGUAUCUACGUUAAUAAAAUAAUGCACGAAAUUGACGAAUUAACUCAUAUCGUACCUGACGUCAUUUCUGAUCCGACUUUACCGCGCACUGAAGAUCAUCACUGUCCUGAAUGUAACCACAGGGAGGCUGUGUUCUUCCAAGCUCAAACUCGACGUGCAGAGGAGGAGAUGAGGCUUUAUUAUGUGUGCACAAAUCCCAUGUGUGCUCAUAGGUGGACAGAGUAAGAAUAGAUUUAAGUUUUCUAUUUUUUUUAUUCAAAUACAUUGUGAGCAGUCUUCAAAUGCUGUUUAAUGUAUGAUUUGUCAAUAAAACAUUUGUCACAAGCAGGA